UUGGACUGGAUUGGAUAAUUUUGCCCAUGAUGACGUAUGUAAACAUUUUAUUGGCUGUUUGACUUUUAGUGUCUGACUGAGUUAGAAGUCAUGACUUUAGUUUACACAAUAUACUAAUUUAGUGGUUUUAAAAUCAUUUUUGUCUUUCCUCUAAGGUUCAACAUGGAGGGUCCACUUGAUCAUCAAGAAAAUGAACGAAUCAGAGAAAUGCUGGAAACUGACCCUGUUGCUGCCAUAAAAAGAAUAAAUUUAGUGCAGACUGAUGAUAUUCGACUAAACAUUGCCAUUACAGGAGAACCUGGCACUGGUAAAUCUACAUUUGUUAACGGUUUUAGAGGGAUAAAUAACAAUGAUGAGGGAGCUGCACCUACUGGUUGUGGAGGACCCACCACAAGUCCUACAUCAUACCUUCAUCCAGACUACCCACAUGUCAUCUUAUGGGAUCUUCCUGGUAUUGGUUCAACCAUGUGGCCAGCAGAUCAAUAUGUGGAGCGUGUUGAAUUAAAGAAGUUUGACUUCUUCAUCAUCAUCUCAGCUAAUCGGUUCAGAGAAAAUGAUGUGAAACUGGCUGAGGAGAUUCAGAAGAUGGGGAAGAAGUUCUACUUUGUUCGCUCAAAGAUCAACCACAAUUUAAGAGAUGAGGAACAAAGUCGGAGGGAUUUUACAGAAGAAGAGACUCUGGCAGCAAUCAUUGAGGACUGCUUUAAAGGACUGCAGAAGGUGGGAACCGAGUCUCCACAGGUUUUCCUUCUGUCCAGCCCUGGUCUCAGCCAGCAUGGUUUGAAUCAAUUAAAGAGAACAUUUGAGAGAGAACUUCCUGAACUGAAGAGGAAAGCUCUGCGUUUGUCCAUGAGUGACCUUUACCUGCAGGUUUUAGACAAUAAGAAACAACGCUUUCAGGCCGAAAUAAAGUAUUAUUCCAUUUUCUCUGCAGCUGUACCCAUUCCACUGCUUUCGGCAUUUGUUGAUCUGUGGUUGAUAUAUUCAGCAUUCCAAAAAUAUGUUGUUGGAUUUAGACUUAAUGCUCGGUCACUAGAAGAAAUGGCUGCAGUCACAAGAGUACCAUGUGAGGAUGUCAGGAUUACCAGCACACUGUUAAAACCUUUAAUCACAUAUGCUGUCUUGAAGGUUUUGACCCAGGUUGCAGACAGAUCAAUGGCAUCAGUAGCAUUGAUGAAAGGCUACAGCUUCAUUUCAUUGUUUAGAAGACCAGUUGUUUUUGCCCUGUCCUUUACAACAACCUACAUAGCUCUACGUUUGACCAUCAGUGCACUUGCUGAGAAAGCACACAGGUUUAAAAGGAUUCUGGUUUUGAGCACAAUGUGAUAAUGCUGAAGAGAUGGCACAUUUAAAGCAGCUCCAAUUGUGGCUGCAAAAAAUAAAGAUAAGAUAAAAGCUGAAUUUGUUUUUGGCUUGUUUUGGCCUCCUAUCAGAUUCUAUUUGCUUGAAUAAACGUUAGUCUAUAAGACAGUUGUCCUAGACUGAGAUACUGUCUGUAAAUACUGGCCUCUAGUGGCACGUUUAGUGAAUUGAAAUUUCUUGACAAACCGCCUGCUAAAUCAACUUUAAAGAUGGCAACUCAUAAUUCUUACUUAUGGAAGGCAAAACAUCCAUGCGCAAUUUAAAUUGAUUGUAUUGUUUAUUCACAGAGAUAUGGAUAAACUUCUCAGUAUGAUGUGAGCAAAACUCAUUGUCUGAUG